ACAAUUGUUAUGCAAGUGCUAUUGUGACAUGGAACCAUUGUUACUUUAUAAAUAGGAGUGCAUAGAUUUGUACCAUAGGAACAGAAAUUAGUCUGAGUUUCUUCUUCUUUUCACUGUGAAGAAAUCUGUUGAACUUUCAUUUUUCAUAGAUUAAGAUGGCAGUUCCAGUCAUUGACAUGGGUAAUCUGGAUGCAAAGGAUAGAGAAAGUAUCAAGGAUCAAAUAGCAAAGGCAUGUGAGGAAUAUGGUUUUUUUCAGCUUAUCAAUCAUGGUAUACCACAUAGACUGUUGGAGCAGGUUAAGCAUGUGUGCUCUGUGAACUAUAAGGAGGAGAGAGAGGAGAAGUUCAUGAAUGAGUCUGUGCCUCUAAAGAUGUUGGAAAAUGCCUUGGAGGAAGAAGCAGCUGAUAGUAACUCCAGGGAACUUAAGAAGAUGGAUAAUGUGGAUUGGGAAGAUUGUUUUGUAAUUCAAUACAACCAAGAAGAAUUUGCAUGGCCAUCACAACCUUCUGAUUUCAAAGAAACAAUGGAAGAGUUCAGAAAGGAGGUAAUUAAGUUGGCAGAGACAUUGCUAGAAAUAAUCAGUGAGAAUCUGGGACAAGAGAAAGACUAUAUUAAAAAGGUCUUUGGAGGUCCUAAAAGCCAGGCUUUCUUUGGUACUAAAAUCAGCCAUUUUCCAGCAUGUCCAAGGCCAGACCUCUUCAUGGGCCUACGUUCACACACAGAUGCAGGUGGCCUCAUUCUUCUCUUUCAAGAUGACCAGGUGGGGGGUCUUCAAAUCCUUAACAAUGACAAAUGGAUUGGUGUACAACCCAUGAGUAAUUCCAUAGUUAUAGAUGUGGGUGAUCAGUUGGAAGCUAUUAGCAAUGGGAAGUACAAGAGUGCAUGGCAUCGUGUGUUGGUUUCAGAGAAGGGGAAUAGGAGAUCUGUGGCUUCUUUUUACAAUCCAUCAUAUGAUGCAAUCAUAUCUCCUGUUGAACAAAAGCCAAAGAUCAUUGAGAGCAAUGACAAUGGCUGUGAUUCAUCUCUAUAUCCAAGGUUUGUCUAUGGUGACUAUAUGAAUGUCUAUGCCGAACAGAAAUAUCUUCCCAAAGAUCCACGCUUCCAAGCCAUGAAGACCUUAGUCUGAGAUAACAUACUCAAUCAUGGCUGAAAUCAAUUCAAGUCUCUUUUCUUGGUUUAGAAUCUAUAUUGUAGCUAAUUUUGAUAGAUACAAAAACAUCUAUUAUGCUAUACAUGUAGAAGCUUAUCUUAGUAUGCACUAGUAUAUAUCCUUGAAGCAUGAGGUGUAAUAACUAGUCCUCAUGUAGAAGCUUAUCUUAGUAUGCACUAGUAUAUAUCCUUGAAGCAUGAGGUGUAAUAACUAGUCCUCAUGUCUUCAAAUAGCACUAUUGCUUUUUUCCUCAGUUUAAGGAUGUAAUGGCAUGAUAAAAUUGUUAUGGAAUAUAUGAAAACAAAUAGCAUUAUUA